CAUUAUGCCGCCAUGUCCUAAUCGAACGCACAGAUGACAAAAGCGACUGAUCCAUCGCUUCUACAUCGUGCUUUUGUGCAUCACAUAACGUCCACACCUAUUCACAAAUACGUGGAAAGAUUCCUGGACCGGCGCAUCCUGUUCAAACAAGACACCUAUGUGAUCGCCGCCGGAUCUUUAGUCUGCAGUCCACGGCUCAAAACUCUAUUCAGGCUAAGCCGUCUCUCUUAGGCAGCAGCGUCUAUAAACUUCUGUCCCUGUCCUUGUGCAAUGUGAAGAACCGAGCAUGUUCGCCUCGCUCCGCAAUGGCCAGCCGUUGUCUUCAUUCUGAGCUUCGCUUAGAAAGUUCGCCCCAUGUUUUCAACACGAACUACAAACGGGCGGACGAGGCUCGUAGAAUAGCUGCAACGCAGACUUCUGGCCGCGCUCCGCAAAACUUGGACGAGUUUUACGUCGCGGCAUCGACAUUUCCGGCCCCGCUGAUUCUACCAGAAGACGAGCUGGCCUUGGAUGGCAAGUAUCCUGCUCAGAGCGUGAGAUCAUGGGUCCGAGGGGAGUACCGGAAUGAGGUUACGGCUAAGCGCAACACGAUCUACGUCGUGGCGCCGCCUGCAAUAUCUGAUGAGGUCGAGUGCAUGAGGGCUUGGAGCAGACCCGACAUUCCAAGCACUGCUACCGCAUCGCGCUCCAAGAAAAGCAAAAAAGAUCGUAAACCGGUCCCGCUUGCUCACCCUCGGAUCGACGAUGUUAGAGAUUACUUUACAGCGUUUUUCUAUGGGAUGUCCGUGCGGGAGAUGGAUCAACCGUGGCGCUUUACAAAUUGGGAGACCAGCGAUCGGCCACAAAGAAAGGAUCAGCGCGAAGCUGUAGCCCUAGAAACUCAAAAUUCCGUGGUCCGCGUUCGCACGCGAGCCUCUCUCGAUGGCUGUUUCACGCGACAGUUGAACUUAUCCGACCUUUUGGACGCGUGCAUUGAGUCCGUGCCGGCAGACGCUUACGCUGUUUUGUUGCUGGUAGAGCACGACAUGUACGAGGAUGAGGACGAUGAUUUUUGCUGCGGUAGGGCAUAUGGUGGCAGUCGAGUUGCUGUGGUGUCCACCGCUCGAUAUCACCCGCUGCUGGACGAUUGGCAAGGUGUCGAAAGAGACCACGCGUGGCCAGCAUCUCACUGCUCUGCGUAUGUGGUUGACUCGUGUAAAGACAUCGACAGGAAGCAGUCGUGUGCAAAACAGCCGGCGAUCGCUCAAACCUCCACACCUAACCCUUCUGCAUUGCAGGAAGCUGUCUCAGCAUACUCCGCACUGCCUUCCCUUCUCUACGCUCCUUCACGAACUGCCCUUGAGGGUCUGUGGCUAGGUCGGGUAUGCAAAACUGCAGCUCACGAGGUGGGGCAUUGUCUGAACAUGGAUCACUGUGUAUACUACGCGUGUUUGAUGCAAGGUACGGCGAACAUUUGCGAGGAUGCUCGACAACCUCCAUAUUUGUGUCCUGUUGAUCUUGCCAAAUAUCAGCUGGCCUCCGGAGCAGAUAUACUAGCGCGUUACCAGGCGUUACUGGCGUUUUGUCAUGACCGGUCUGACAUGCAUUGGGCUGCUGCAUUCGCGGCGUGGCUGAGGGUACGAGUCACGGAGCUACUGCGAUAAUCCGGCUAUUCUAGUGUUCAGGCUGCUCACUUGCCAGUCUGAUUCAUGUACGCGAGCAAACCAAGUCUCAUGUGCAAUGAUAACCAGGCACUGGGGCACAUUCUUCUUCUGCAGUAGCCUUUGUGAAAUUGCGUACCCGAACGACCAUGGUAGCUGUUACGGAAAUACCGAGCCGAUGCCCUCGGAGGUUGAGCUAAAGUGAGGAAAAUACACAUGCAUCCUUCGCACCUGUUUCGAUCCUUCCACUGGGCAGGUGACUGCAUGCUUCUGCAUUUUAGGCAGUUCGCGACCUGGGCUGGAGAGGCAAUCUGCGCUGAGAACGGCGAGUCUAGCUCCGUUAAAAUGCGUGUAUCCUUG